CUCAUUAUUGUAUCCUUCCCUAUUGACCCAUUUGCCUUAUUUGUACUUUUAAGUGUUUUAAGUGUUUUUUUAUUGUGUGUCGAACAAAAGUGCAAAAACGCGUUUGCUAACUAUUCUUUAGAAAAUAUCAUAUAGCAUUAAGCUAGCUUGUGAGUUUAUAUUUACUGUAAUGUAAUGUAGCUGCUAUUAAUGUGUGAUAAUGGUUUUCUCUUCUUCCAGUCUCCGCUAUUUAGCUGCUGACAGAACUGGACUGACCUGAUAUAAUUAGCCUACAAUUAGUGCAUAAGUAUUUAGCUUUUAUAUUGAAGGGGUUUGACAAAAGAGUUAGAAUAACUGUUCAGGAAGUACAGCCAUUUUACACACAGUACCUCCCUUCAGAGAAUCCAAAGUAGUCGGACCGUAAUUGUAAUUGUUUUGGCCAGGUGCAGUCACUCCCUUUUAAUUUUAGUUUAGCUUACUUUGAUCUCUUGGUGGCUUAAUGUUUAUCACAAAACACUAGAGUGGAUCAGUCCUCCUAUCUAACUCUCGGCAAGAAAGCAAAAACAUUUACAAAUACAUUUCUCAAAAUGUCAAACUUUUCCUUGCCACAUGCAUCCAAAGAGAGCAAGACAUCCAUGUAAAAGGAGUAAAAAGAAUCAAUUUAUGUGAUGGGGGGAUAAAAGAUGGGAAAAAACAUUGUCUUGUCUGCAGGGUAAUUCAAGUUAAUGCAAUGCAUUUCUCCUGCAGAUGAAGGUGAUCCAGUACACUCCAGAGAAACUCCAUACAGCUUUGGUCUCCAAUUCUCAGUAUUUAACUAAGGUUUAUAGUUCUUUUGGAGAAGUUGCUGCCCAGACAGACCAGUAUAUGGAGUGGCUGCGAGAUUACUGCCAAGCCUUCUUCUACGGGCUUUCUGUGAAGUUGCUUCCAGCAGUUGCAGUGUCUGAAACAAAGUGCUCUUUCAGGGUCAACAGUAACUCUUACAACCUUCAAAUCCUUACUGGCGAUCUGCUACAAUUUCUGAAGAAGAGGAAACCAAAAGAUGCUUUUUGUAUUGUUGGAAUCACAAUGAUUGACCUCUACCCCAAAGAUUCAUGGAACUUUGUCUUUGGACAAGCUUCUCUGACAGAGGGAAUGGGCGUUUUCAGUUUUGCCAGAUAUGAUGACAACUUCUAUAAGAGAAGUUAUGCUGGAAGGCUGAAGAAGCAUCUUCAGCCAAGGCAGAAGGAUUAUUCUGUGUUUGACGGCUAUUACACUCCACCGAUCACUAGCUCUCUGCUGCUUCGAUCCUGCAAGACAAUGACUCACGAGAUCGGCCACAUGUUUGGAAUCUCACAUUGCCAGUGGUUGAGCUGUGUCAUGCAAGGCUCCAACCACCUCGAUGAGUCUGAUCGAAGGCCCUUGGACUUUUGUCCCAUCUGCCUUCGCAAACUGCAGUUCGCAAUCGGCUUCAAUAUAGCUGAAAGAUACAAGGCCUUACUUCACUGGAUGGACGAGGAUCAGACUCAAACAUCAGUGAAGGCAUCAGCCAGUCAUACCACACCUCACUUUACAAAACCCACCGAAGCCUUUAAUGCAUCCAAACUUUGGGUCUGCAGGUGUUUGGAAAUACUGGAAAAGGAUCAAUAAUAGUUCUUUUUUUACUCUAUUUGAGCACUUUAUAAAUUGCAUUCAUCCACUCAGUCAUACAAGCACUUUUUACAAUCCCAAAAAUGUUUAUUCUUCAGGUCUAACACUACUGGAGUAAUAGAAAGCCGUACCUUCUCUGUCAUUUGGUGUUUUGAUGAAGGUACUUGAGAGUGCUUUCUUACACCCUCCAUCCAAUUUUUUUCUGUUCUUAACAUUUGUGUUGCUGUUUGAUUAUCAAAGUAGAUUUUAUGUAUCAAAAGUCUAAGUAUUGGCUAGCCACUGUAAACAGUCUACUGAACUGUGCUGAUUAAAGCCCAAAACCAUAUGUAAUGGGCAUCUUGCGUGGUUGAGUGGGUCAUCUACUGAUCAGAAGGUCAGUGGUUUAUUUUUCAGCUCCUUCAAUCUGAAAAAUAUUGCCCCCAGUGCAAUGUGAUGCUUAGAAAGCACUUAAAAUCAUAGACUAAAACACUAAACAACUCUAUUUUACUUAAUGACGUGAUGGUAGCACUUUGGAAACCUGUGUUUGCACAAUGUAAAUUCAAUUAAACAUGUAGUAUGUAUAUAAGAUUUAUCAUAUAAUGUUAGCAUUUAUAGGUUUACAGGUUUUGGAAGACUAAGCCAGCAAAUUUCUUUUCUGUCAGUGUAUCUGUGCAUUCUGGGAUUAAUUUGCAUGUUUUCAAAUAAAUGUUGUGUUCAGUGAAUGAACAUGUUGUCAGUUUGUCUGCUGGGUUUUAGAGAAUAAACCACAUUCACCUGUC